AAUAGAAAAGGAAACAAAGAAUUCAGUGUGAAAAUGUUGGGGAAAUGGGUUGGGAUGCUAAUUUUGGUUACUAUGGUUCCAAUGGCACACGGCAUAACUCCGAGUGAAUGUAAGGACGAAAAGAAUACUCUGCUUUAUAAUUGCAGGCCAAUUAUUUUUGGGAGUAAUCCAUCAGCUGCAUGUUGUCAAAACGUAAGGGAUGCUCAUAUCGAAUGUGUUUGCCCUUAUGUCAGCCCUAAAGUGGCAGCAACAAUUAGAACCAUUGGAAUAUCACGUUUUGUGAAACUGAUUGAAGGCUGUGGGAGAUCUGUUCCUCACAACUACAAGUGUGGAAGUAUUACCUUUCCACCAUGAAGUGCCCCUAAAGAUCAGACCCUUAAACAAUAUUUCUAUAAUUAUUUAUGUUCUAGUGUGGUAGAAUAAGUUAAGCUCCAUUGUGGUAGCUAAUCACUUUGUUUAAGCUUACUUUGUUAUGUGUUUGGUGUCACUUUCCUGUGUUUAAUUUAAUGCAUUAUCACAAAUAAUAUUAUGUUUUUAUGCUCUA